CACCAGAAGAGGGCAUUGGAUCCCAUUACAGAUGGUUGUGAGCCACCAUGUGGUUGCUGGGAAUUGAACCUCGGACCUCUGGACGAGCAGUUCUUAACCACUGAGCCAUCGCUCCAGCGCUCCCCCCACCCUUUUCUUUUUCUAUUUGAUGCCAGGAUAUUUUUAUUUUUGUAAUGCUGGAAACUGACAAAAGUCCAGGACUUUCUCUAUGCCAAGUACAUAUUCCACCGUGUAAGGGUUCAUCUUCAUUGUCAAUCCUCACUGGAUUUGGAAUCUCCCAAAAGAUACACCUCUGGGGGUGUCUGAGAGAGUGUUUGCAGGUGGCAGGUUUAGCUGAGGGAUGACCCACACAGACUUUGGGUGGUAACGUCAUUGCUUGGGAGAAAGUAAGCUGCUCUCUCCUUCAUGACUGCAGACACAGUACAACCAGCCUGUCCACGCUCGCUCAGCCAUGCCUUCCCACCGUGAUGGGGCUGCGUCCCUUCCUAGUUGUAAGCUGCACACACCCUCCUUCUCAGAAGCUGUUUCUGCAGCAGCUGUGUUUUGUCACAGCACCUAGGAAAGUGACUAAUGACACACAGAGGUAUAGUCUUGGCCUCCUGGAUUUGUGAUUUUUAAAAAAUUAAUAUGGGUAUGGUGGUACACACAUGUAAAUCUGAUUAUAAGCCCUAUACUUGGGAAAUUGAGGCAGAAGGAUUACCAUGGGUUUGAAACCAGCCUGGGCUAUGUAAUGAGUUAAGGCCAAUAUGGACUACAGAGGAAACUCUGAGAGAGAGAGAGAGAGAGAGAGAGAGAGAGAGAGAGAGAGACAGACAGACAGAGAGAGACAGAGACAGAGAGAGACAGAGAGACAGAGAGAGACAGAGAGAGAGCGCAAAGGAAGACAAAGAUAAGAAAAAAAAGAAAAUUGUACACGUUUCUCUCUCUGUCUCUCUCUGUCUCUAUCUCUCUGUCUCUGUCUCUCUCUCUCUCUCUCUCUCUGUCUCUCUCUCUCUCUCUCUCUCUCUCUCUCUCUCUCUCUCUCUCUCUCUCUCUCUCUCUCUCUCUCUCUCUGUGUGUGUGUUUUACCUGUUUUGGAAGUUAAACCCAGGGUUUUACGCAUGCCAGACACUACUCUACUGCUGAAGUACAUGUGGCCCAGGGGCCGAUGUGAUACUCUGAUGUCAGUGGGAUGGGCAAGGUUUGAAGAGCACUGUAUAGGGCUGAACUGACCUAGGCCAGAUGUGACAGGAUAUGAGGGAAAGAAGCUUGGGAGGGCUAAGGACUUGCUAUAUAAGAUAACAUUUAAUUGUUGUACCAGCCUUUGUACCAGCUUUACAGAGAAGGAUGUACUCCAAAGACCCAUAGACAAUUUAUGGAAGAAUUGAACUGUAAACUCUUAUGUCCAAACCUGUGUUCUUCUGUAAUGUGAAGCUCUGACAGAUUCUCACAGAGGAACUUUCAUCCAAGGGUUUUGAAUGAGGUCUCAUGUGUCCUUAUUGACUAUACAACAUUUGAAUCUGAUAAUGGAGGAUUAUGGAGAAUGAUAUGAAGAGAGAAGGGUUAGGUUUUGUGGGAAUCUCCUUAUUCAGGCUGGUUCCCUCCACAACAGUGGUCAAGAUGCAGCUAACUCUCCCCUUGUGUGUGCACGAGAUGUGCACCAGGAGGUGUCUUAGUCCGUGUUCUAUUGCUGUGAUGAAACACCAUGACCAAAGCAACUUGGGGAGGAAAGGGUUCAUUCAGCUUCUGCUUCCACAUAACAGAUGUCACCAGAGGAUCAGGACAGGAACUCAGGCAGGCUGGGAGCCUGGAGGCAGGAGCUGAAACCAUGAAGAGGUGCUACCCAUUGGCUUGCUCCUUACGGCUUACUCAACCUGCUCAACCCAGCACCACCAGCCCAGGAAUGGCCCCACCUACAAUGGACUAGACCCUCCCUCAUCAGUCACUAAUUAAGAAAAUGCCUGGAUCUUAUGGAGGCAUUUUCUCAAUUGAGGCUCACUCCUCUCAGGUGACCUAGUUUGUGUCAAAUUGACAUAAAACUAGCCAUUACAGGAGGCAGCAGUAAGACAUUCUAGGAUUAAGCCUCAUUGGCAGCUUGAUAAUUGCAGGCUCUUCCUAUUGAGAGAGUAUCCUAAAACCAGCUUUGACCAGCCUGUUUAGUGGGGUAGGGAGGAAGUUCAGUUGGUAACAUGCACAAGCAAGAUGACCUGAGUUCACAUCUUUAGCACCAAUGUAAAAAAGCCAAAUACGGCAUGUGUGUCUGUAAACCCAGAGCUGGGGAAGCCAAGACAGGAGGAUCCCUGGGACUUGCUGCCCAGACAGACAGUUUAAUUGAAUUGGUGGGCUCCAGGUUCCGUAAGAGACCUUGUUUCAAACAAAUAGAGGGAGGGAGAGAAAGAGAAGAGGUGGGGAAGUGGUUGCGAAAAAUGCCUAAUAAUACCCUCUGUCUUAUGUAUAUGCAUGCGCACGCACACACACACCUACACACAUACACUCCACACACACACCCACACACAUACACUCCAUACACAUACACUACACACACACACACACAGACACACCACACACACAUACACUCCACAGACACACAUACAUACAUACACUCCACACACACACAUACACUACACACACACACACACACACACACACACAUACACACACUCCACACACACACACACACCCUGUGGGAACAAAGAAAAAGCCGUGAUUCAGAUCUCUGUGAGUUCGAGGACAGACAGGGCUGUUUCACAGGAAAACAGUCUUGAAGAAAACAAAACAAACAAAAUAAAUAAAAUAUCCGUUCUGAGAGGCUUUUCUCUGCUAUCCAAGUCAUGAGGUCUUGGAUGGGAACUCUUCCUACAUUGAACUCAUAAGCCGCCUGUCAAGCACUUUUUAAAAACUUUUUAUAUGUUGAAUUUUUAUCAGCUAAAAGUUUCUUUCCCAACUUCACUUCUGCUGGUAACAGUAUCCAUUACUUAGAGAGGGGAAUUGCAAAGGCUAGGGAGAGGGCAGUAAUUGAGAGAUGGCAGGAAGUAUUGAUCCUGUACCUUAUUGACCACCAUCCUUUGCAGCCCUGCAGUGACAUUUUAGUGGGAGUUUCAGUUUCAGGAAGCUGGCCGUAUCUCAUCGUCUCAGAAGCACCGUGUGUUAGUGAGUAAAGACGCUGUUAUGUGCCUGUAGAUCAGAAGUAUGUCCUUGUAUUGCACAAUGCAUAGUGCCUUUGUUUCAGGGACUCUCCAAGAGUGACUUCCCAGGCUUUUCCCCGCACUACGUUUCACUUUUGCACACAACCUUGAGAGUUAAGGCUCCUUUAUUUCUAUCCCAUUUUCUCUUUACCUUUACUCUGCAUUUAAUCGGUUGCCUGGUCUCAUCACACACAGCUAGGCCUCUGGGAAAGGAUCAUACCCUAGUCCUCUGCCUCCAUCCAGAGCACAUUGUCCUGAGCCUUCCUACUCUGACUGGAACCUACAAGAUGAUUUAGACUGUAGAGACUUCUGACCCAGAGUCUGCUCUGUACUGAACCCACAAAAUGAGAAGAAUAGAGGACACUAUAGGCUUAAAAGAAUGAAACAAAGCAAAAUAAAGGGAAGAAGAGCUGGCAACCAUGUCAAAAAAUGAAGAGAAAGGUCUGCAAGUCCCUGGGAGCCUCCCUUGCUUCCUCUGUGAGCUGGUCUUCCAGAUUUUCACUACGGGGAGUUAAGACCAGAGCCUGCUGAAGGAGGACAUAAGAGGGGAGUUCUGGGGAUCCUAGAGGAACGUCACCAUAGUGGUUAUGCCACAACCAUGCUGUAAGCAAGUGCCAUUUUACAAUCGUCCUUAUUUGGUGGGAAACUCUUUUGGGUAAACAUAGAUCCAACUUAGAGCAGGAGCUGAGAUUCAAAGAAAGCAGAAGUUGAGGAGAAGGACCCAGGAGUAACUUUGUGGGACAUUUCUCAGCCAAGAGGACAGGAGUAGGUACACUUUGAAGCAUACAUGUGUCACUUAAUAUGGAGUCCUUGCUGCUACAUGCCUUUGCCAAGGAACUGAGAACAGCUGAUUAGUGGCUGCAUGAAGGGCCUCACUUCCCACUCAGUGCCUCUGCAAAAGAGAUUUGUUCAAAACCACAGAGCCAGCUGGCGGCAGAAUGAGAAGAUGAGUCAGAGGCUCAGUUUCCAGGCUAGGAUGCAGCUUUCAUGUGGCAUUUCUUGCCCAGUUAGAGAGCUACAGGGAUCUGAGGUGAUGCGUUCCUGCAAGGAUCACACAAAGACCCUUUCCCAGCCCUGUGACUCACUCAAUCCAAAGGUCCAGGUGGAAGCCAUUGAAGGAGGAGCUCUGCAGAAGCUGCUGGUCAUCCUGGCCACAGAGCAGCCUCUCCCCGCCAAGAAGAAGGUCCUGUUUGCACUGUGCUCUUUACUUCGCCACUUCCCCUACGCCCAGCAGCAGUUCCUGAAGCUCGGGGGGCUGCAGGUCCUCAGGAGCCUGGUGCAGGAGAAGAGUGCGAAGGUACUGGCCGUGCGAGUGGUCACCUUGCUCUAUGACCUGGUCACCGAGAAGAUGUUUGCUGAGGAGGAGGCUGAGCUGACCCAGGAGUCCUCCCCAGAGAAGCUGCAGCAGUACCGGCAGGUGCAGCUCCUGCCCGGCCUGCGGGAACAGGGCUGGUGUGAGAUCACGGCCCAGCUCCUGGCCCUUCCAGAGCACGACGCUCGGGAGAAGGUGCUGCAGACGCUGGGCGCCCUCCUCGCCACCUGCCGGGACCGCUACCGUCAAGACCUGGAGCUGAGCCGGACACUGGGCAGUCUCCAGGCAGAGUACCAAGCCCUGGCCUCCCUGGAGCUCCAAGAAGGUGAAGAUGACGGCUACUUCCGGGAACUGCUGGCCUCCAUCGACAGCUUGGUGAAGGAGCUAAGAUGAGGCUGCCACGCUGAGACAGGACUGGAUGGAUGCUGCUAGUGAGAGCUCUGGUGGGCUCUUCAGGGGACAGCAGCCAGGAGGAGGACUUCCCUACUGGGGCAUGAGCUUUUUCUGGGCAGAGCUGGCUGGGUCAUUAAACAGAGACAUGUA